AUGGCAGAUGUAGAUAGAAAAAAAAAGCAUGGGUUAUUUUCAAAGAUAAAAGAGUUAAAACAUAAACAUGAAGCUAAAGGUGUAGAAAUUUCAGGUCCAACCGAUUUUAAACAUGAAAGUCAUAUCGGUUGGGAUGAAAAUAAUGGAUUUGAAAUUAAAAAUAUUCCACCAGAAUGGCGUCAACUCUUUCAACAAGCAGGUAUAAAGAAAAAAGAAUUAAAAAAUCCCGAAACAGUUCAGUUUAUUUAUAGUGUUAUAGGUCAAAAUAUAAAUGAUCAAAAAAUGGGUUUAAAUGGUCAAAAUAACAAUAUUAAUACUAAUUUAGCUGGUUCUGCAGGUGGUGUUUUACCACCAUCUCAGAGAUCUAGAGCUCCUCCACCUCCACCACCAGGUGCUAAUGCAUCCCCAGUUCAAAGAGUCCCACCACCCAAACCAGGUUCAGAAAUAAGACAAUUACCUCAAAAACAAUAUCAACAACAAAUUUCUAAACCAUUACCACCACAACCAGGUAAACAGAUGGCACAACAACAACCUCCAGGUCAAACAAGACCAUCUAUUCCUCAAGUUCCAUUAGCAACAAAUACAAGAGGUAAUUUACCAACAACAUUAGGUGGUAAACCAAUCCCAGUUACAAUGUUAAGACCUGGUGGUGAAAGUUUUGUAUCUCCUCCAAGUAAUAGACAACCACCACAACAACAAAAUAAAACCAAUGAACCUUUGAUUCAACAAGAAGUCAGCUCUCAAUAUGUUUUGGAUGAACCAUUGCAACCAACAUUAAAACGUAUGCCACAACAGCCACAACAGCCACAACAACCACAACAACCACAACAACCACAAAAUUAUACCACCACUUCUAACCCAGAUGGAAGUCAAACAUAUGAAUAUAAGCCAACACAGGAGUCACAGCAAUAUACAUAUCAAACAUCAGCUCAACAAGGUUAUAAUAACUUUUAUUCUUCACAACCAGCACAGCAAAAACCUCCACAACAAUAUAAACAAUCCCCAGUCCAGCAAUAUACUCAACAGUCACCACAGCAAAUACAGCAACAAGCAAAACCAACUAGAAAACUACCAACACCAGGUCAGCAAAGAAAAGCUGUACAAUCACCACCACCUCUUCCAACUAGUAAAAGACCUGCAGUACAACCACCAAUUCCCCCACAAAAAGCAACAACACCCACAACACAAUAUAACGCAUCACCUCCAACCACUGUUCAACCACCAAUUAUACAAAGAACUCCAGCAGUUACAGUUACAGAGAAAUAUGAAGAACCAGUUAGUGAAGAAAAUAUGCCACCUCCACCCCCACCAAUUACAGGAUCAAUUCCUCAAAUUGUUCCUGAACCAGUCGAUCCUAAAUCACCUUUACCACCAUUACCUAGUAAUGCAGCACCUGUUCCUCCAAUUUCACUUAAUGAACCAGCACAACCUAUCACUGCUGCAGCUCCACCACCUCCACCACCUCCAAGAUCCACAACAUCUUCACCUCCAACCUCGACCACCAGCUCUGGAGGAAUACCACCCCCAACUGGUGAUCGUUCGAAUUUAUUGGCUAGUAUUAGAAACUUUGGUGGUGCAAGCCAUCUUAAAAAAGUAGACCCAUCAGAACCAUUACCAGAUCUUAAAGAACUACAAUUAGGUGAGUCUGGUAAUAGAUCAUUAGUAGAUACUUUAGCAGCUGCAAUGGCCCAAAGAAGAGGUCAUUUAGGAGAGGACAAUGACGACGAUGAUGAUAGCGAUUGGGAUAUGUAA